AAAGUGGCCAAAUCUAAUUCGAUGGGACGCCUGUCCAUCACUGAAGUGCCACUACAACAUCACCCGUCGAUCACAGCGACCCAAUCAAUGGACGUGACAACACCUCCGGGCAGCGCCGCUCCCUUAAAGCCGUCGGCGUCGACCACAUCGACGACUUCGGUGGGCGGUGUGAUCGGAAGGGCGUCCAUAUCGGACGGCCCGCUGCUCGGCACCCGCGACGGAACCGCAUUUAUACCGGACUUUACAGUGUAUUGCAUGGAAACGACGACAUUCAUGAAAGUGUCCCGAAAUCUAUAUCUCACGGCAUAUAAGGCGUCGAUUAUGGAAAGGCAGCGCCGGGCGGACGGUUCGUUUGGCGCCGCAACCGGUUCUCUGUCGGGCGUCGACGGCGAAGACGACGGUAUUAUGUUUGGCACCGAAUCGGAUGUAUCGCCACGACUGCCGCCCGUCGGCCUCAACACCACCGCUAGUGCUAAACAAUUGUCAGCCGGAAAGCCGUCGCCCACUGGCUCUACAAGUGCUUCCAAUAGAGGCCACGGCGGUAGUGGCGGUGCGGGUGUUGUGGACGGACUGCCGCCCAAACCCGACGACAAUAUCAAAUCAAACAGCAGUAAUCACGGCUUAAAUCAGAAGUUAAGUGAUAAUCACAGCCGUAAAAGCAGUGAUAGUAUUAAUAGUAUACAAAAAACAAUACCUAUUUUAAACACAAAAACACAAUUUGACAAUAAUUAACAAAUAAU